CCUACCGAAUAGGAAUGAAGUGUCAUGUGGAGUUUCACCGUUCACACUUUAACCGAGAUCAAAACUUCGAGAGGUGGAACAACAACGACACUUCAACAUCGUUUUGAUAGGCAACUAACUGUUCAACGUCUGCAAACGACGGGGACACUGGUUCAAAUGGAGAAAUCUACAAAUUUCCGCAUCGAUGCGCUUCUCGCUGUUGACCCGCCGAAGGUGCAGACAUCUCCGCUUGCGCUUGUGACUUCUUUAUCAUCCUCUUCCAUUUCAUCGUCCGGAAGUGUACAAGCCUCAGAAUUGAAUGCCGACUCUUUAAGGACUGAGACUCCGUCUCCACCGAGGAUUUCCUCCUGUGGUUUGAUUCCUAAACCGGGCUUCUUGAACAGUCCCCACAGUAUUGUUGGAUUACAUCCACAGAGUAGCGCAGGGAUCCCUCCCCAGGCUCUCUACGGCCACCCCAUGUAUACCUACUCCCUCGGGCAGCACCCUGCCCUGUCCUAUUCAUAUCCUCAUGGGUCCCAUCACCACCAUCCCAGUGACUCCCUCAAACUGUCUGCCGGGACCUUUCAGCUCGACCACUGGCUGCGAGUGUCCACAGCGGGAAUGAUGCUACCCAAAAUGCCCGAUUUUAACUGUGAGUAUUCUCAGGCCCAAUCAAACUUGCUUGGAAAGUGCAGAAGACCAAGGACUGCAUUCACAAGUCAGCAGCUCCUGGAGCUGGAGCAUCAAUUCAAACUAAAUAAGUAUCUGUCGCGACCAAAGCGCUUUGAAGUGGCUACAUCCUUGAUGCUGACGGAAACGCAGGUGAAAAUUUGGUUCCAGAACAGGCGGAUGAAGUGGAAACGGAGCAAGAAGGCCAAAGAGCAAGCCGCGCAGGAGGCAGAGAAUAAGAAAAACAACAAAAACGGCCAGGAGAAAUCUGACGGACAGGAAAAAACGGAUUAUCAAAAGACUGGUUCUGCAAAAAGUAACAGAAUAAGAGACUUCAGGGACAGUGACGAUGAUGACGGUGGCAACUUCCUGUACAACUCCUCGGAUUGCUCUUCAGACGACGAGAGAAACCACACCAGUGAUAUAAGUCCACAACCUUGAGACAGGGACAAGGAAACGUGGGACAAGGAAACGUGCAUUUUUGAAAAACUAUACACUCCUUAAACUACAGAUGCAUGUAGGCCUACAGUAAUAAAAACAUUAAAACCUACCCGGAAAUUCAGAAAUUAAAUGAGAAUAAUUUGGAAAACACUAAAGGAUCCAUGCCUGACUGAGAUUCAGUGUGUGCAGAAUGGCUCUAGCAAGCAAGGUCAGAUUGACGUUUUAGAAGGUAGUAUUGAGGUACAUUAUUUGUAACAAUGCAUGGUUUUAUGUGAUAAUGUCAUGUUUUCACUCAGUUGUUUUAGGACCCUAAUGUCCACUACAAUCAUAUGGGUUCUCCACUAUAGGGGUUAUUAUCAUAAUAUUUUGAUAUGGCGACCAAUUGUAAAUUCAGACAUGCCACAUUUUGCAUUUUCUUUUGUUUUAUGUUUUUGAACAUUGUGUGGUUUUACACUUAUGUCAUUGCGUCAUAUAGGCCUACAAUUUACGUGCAGAAAAAUGUUAUGCGUUUAUUUUUGUACACUGUGUUUAUAAAAUGUCUACAUGUCUGCAUGCUAAAUGAUUGUUUACCGUCUCCCAUGGUACAGACGACAUUAAAUAAAUGUGUUUUUCAA